AUGACGCCGACUGCAACCGUCUUUAGCGUGGCGACCGCCGUUCUUGGUCCGUUGACGACGACAUUCACACCACCACCAGCAUGCACGGUAGCAGUAGCUGCGGUUACGGGAAAGUUCCUUGGAUUGGGGGGAAAGGUUGCCCCCUCGGGCUGGCUCGGUCAGACAUGCUCCAAAGGCGGUCCGGUUGACGACACGUCCUGCUGGCCACCAGUUUCCAGUGGAGCGGAAGCCAGGACAAAAGCGCUGGACGGAUGGGGAUACUACUCGCCGGGUCUGCACUGUCCAGCCGGUUAUGCGACGGCAUGCUCGGCGACAGGCGGCGCUGGUGCAAAGUCGGACUUCGCUUUUCAGUUCGCGCCCGGCGCCAAAGAGACGGCAGUCGGAUGCUGUCCAAGGGCAGCCACAUCCACAGAGGUCGAGUACGUGACGUGCGACGGAUCGGACCCGGCUGAUCUGGCCACCAUGACGAUAUCCGACGACAAGGACUUCAUGUUCUAUGCUCCGUUGAUCCAGAUCAACUGGCAAAGCUCCGACCGACCGACCGAGACGGUGUUUUCCGGGACCGUCUCUCUCUCUGUUGAUGUUGACACCAUGUCGACACUGGCCACAGCAGGGGACGCGCCAGCAGGCGUGACUUCCAGGGUGGGAUUCCCAUCACAGAGCGUUGUGCUCGUGGGUUCCCAAGGUUCGAACAAGCCGACGGGAGCUUCUGAGGGCAACAAAGAAGAAGACGGUGUGAAACCCGUCAGCCUCUCGACUGGAUUCAAGGUCGGCAUGGCGGUAGCGGGCGGGGUGCUGGCCGUGGCCAUUGUUGCCAUCAUCUUCAUCUGCGCUUGGAGGCGACGGAAGCAACAGAUGGAGGAGGAAGAGUUUGAUCGCAUGUACGGCAUGAAGGAUGUGGGACCCAGCACGGCGGACUUCAGGAACGAGGAGAUUCCGGGCUGGCACCGGGGACCGACGAGACGACAGCCGCCGGCGCCGGUUGAUCCAUUCCGCAGUGAUGGGGAGUCGGAGCUGAUGGCACCACCUGCGCCGUAUCAUCCCCCAUCGGCAUAUCGGUAG